AUGCAAGCUUGGCAAUCGGACAGGAAGCACCGAGUAACGAGAUUCCCUUGGCAAAGGCUGUCUCAGCUGGAUUGGGACGACGAUAAGAAACAGGUCCGACAGUCGCCUGUAGUCACGCGAGCGCAGGGACGCACAGGGCCAUUCCCGCCGGUCCAUGCCCUCUCCUCUCCCCUUCAACCCGCACUCCCUUCAUCCCCAGAAACACUUGCCUUCGCGAUACACGUUGUUAGAAGUGUCAAGUGCCCCUGCCUGCAGACUCCCGACGUCGCGCAACUGCGAGCUCAAUCAUAUCUGCUCCGUUUCGGUCGUUUAGCUGUGCCGUUUGUGCACCGUGUUGGUUAUCUGAGCUUCUCUUCCGACCCGAGCUUCUGUUUUCGAAUGCGCGUUGACCUCUUGCUCUUGGGCCGCAGCAAUAAUACUAGGCGAAAUUCUCUCGCUGGCGUGGCACGUUACAUUUGGCCUGCACGCUUCCCUGUGAGUCAGCAGCAAGCUACAUCGCAGAAUCACCGAGUCACCUUGAGGAACCCCAUCCCCAGUCGAGGGCAGUCCACUUUUGUCAACCGCACCAGUUCUGGGUCCAGAUUGUCCCAGGUUUAUAAGAAGCCCCAACAACACACAGCGCAGCUCAUAGUUUCCAAUCAGCUGCUGCCGAGCCAACUCGGAAACGUGUCAUUUAUUGGUCCCGUCUUUGUCCUAGUGUGGACCGUUACAAAUCCGACGCAUGCCUUCGUAUCAUGUGCGUCCUCACCUUUAUAUCUUUUGUUAACUUCCCUUCAUACCUGGAGUAGUGAACACGGCCUAUCGCGACCUGAAGUUCCUGAUUACUCGUCUUCUGACGUCUGGCAGUCCGAAAUAGCCGCUCGCCGCCUUUAA